UGAAAGCUCCUUCCAUUUUUACCGCCGCCUCCGCCAGGCCAGAGCCAGACCAUUACCAUGGCCGCCGCGCCGGAGCCCUUCUCCCCCUCCGUCUUCCUCGACCUGCCCCCUACUCCUCCCCGCCCCGACGUCGACGGCGAGGACCCGGCGGCCUUGCCGGACGACCUGGUUCUCCCCUACAUCUCGCGCAUGCUGAUGGAGGAGGACAUGGACGACGACGAGUUCUUGUACCAGUACCCGGAUCACCCCGCGCUGCUCCAGGCCCAGGAGUCAUACGCUCAGAUCCUCUCUGAUGCCGCCGCGACCAACACCAACGGAAGCAGUGGUACCUUCACCCUCUCGCCAUCCUCCUCUCAUCUCCCCGUGCUCGCCAACGCCACCUGGCCCUACGACCCGCUCGAGCUCACCCAGCUGCUCGCCGCCGGUGGUGCCACUGCCAACGCCGUCUGCUUGCCCCGCAGCGGAGAGGCCAGCCAGAGCAGAGUGGACAUGGACAUGCUCAACCAGGCGUUCCUCAAGGGCAUGGAAGAGGCCAACAAGUUGUUGCCCACCAGCAACAGCCUCUUCAUCUCCAUGGAGAACCAUGUCACUGCCACAGGCCAAGUGAAGAAGAAGAAUAAGAAUGGGGCAGUGGAUGGAAUGCUAUUGUUUCAGGGGAGUGGUAAUGGCAGGGGCCGCAAGAACAGCCGUCGUGAAGGGGAUGACUUGGAGGGCAGGAGCAGCAAGCUGAUGGUUCCGGAGCCGGAGGAAACCGGAGAGAUGGUCGACAAAAUGGUUUUCGAUGGGUACAUGAUGUGUCUAGAUAACAUGAAGAGCAUGCGCAUCACCAUGGCCGGCGGCACUAAGGCGAACGGGAGCGCAGAUGGAGCAGUGGACUUGAGCACAUUACUUCUCCAUUGCGCGCAGGCUGUGUCCAUGGAUGACCACGGCAGCGCGGCCCAACUGCUGAGGCGGAUCAAGCAGCACUCAUCGCCGAGGGGAGACGCUAACCAAAGGCUGGCGUACUGUUUCGCCGAGGGUCUGGAGGCACGGUUAGCAGGAACAGGGAGCCAGUUGCACAGGUCCCUUGUGGCAAAGCGCACCUCUGCCGUGGAAUUCCUCAGAGCCUACCAAUUGUACCUGGCGGUCUCCUGCUUCAAAAUGACAGCGUACAGGUUCUCCAACAUGACCAUCAGCAAGGCCAUCGCCAGAAAGAAGAAGCUGCACAUUGUUGAUUACGGCGUGCAGUACGGGUGCCAAUGGCCGAGUUUGCUAGAUUUUUUGGCCAAGACCAAGGAUGGGCUGCCGGAGGUGAGGAUGACCUGCAUCGGCCUCCCUGAGCCUGGGUUCCGUCCAGCGGCACGGAUUGAGGAGACAGGGCGCCGGUUGAGCAACUUCGCCACCCAGUGUGGGUUGCCAUUCAAGUUCCAGAGUAUUGCAGCCAAGUGGGAGACGAUCUGUGCUCGUGACCUCAGAGUCGAACCAGAUGAGGUACUGGUCGUGAAUUGUAUCACACAUUUUCAGAACUUGAUGGAUGAGGGUGCUGACAUUUGUAGCCCGAGCCCUAGGGACGUGGUGCUCAAAAACAUCCAAGAAAUGCAGCCGGAUGUGUUCAUCCUCGCUGUUGUGAAUGGCUCAUACAAUGCGCCCUUCUUCAUAACACGGUUCCGAGAGGCACUCUUCUAUUACUCGGCAAUGUUCGACAUGCUGGAUGCUACAGCCCCAAGGGACAGUGAGCAGCGUUUGGUGGUUGAGCGUGACCUCGUCGGGCGGUGUGCCCUCAAUGUUAUCAGCUGCGAAGGCUCCGACAGGGUGGAGCGCCCUGAGACGUAUCGGCAGUGGCAGCUGCGAAACCGCCAGGCAGGGCUUAGGCAGCUGCCGUUGUAUCCGGAUAUCGUUAAGGUCUUGAGCGACAAGGUUAGAGAUCAGUACCACAAGGACUUUGUCAUUGACGUUGAUCACCAGUGGCUUCUACAAGGGUGGAAGGGACGCAUACUCUAUGCCAUGUCCACAUGGGCUGCAGAUGAUGCAGUCAAUCUUCAAUCCGAACUGUAGCUGCAUUUCUUGAUCCAUCUUCAUUGUUUCCCAGGUGGUUUCUGCUGAAUACUUUCCCUCUUCAUGGUUUUGUUUAGGGGAGGACAGCUAAAAGAUGAGGUGGUCAGAUUCAGGAUUAAGUAAUGUGCUUCUUUCUUUAAUUUGCUAGGGGUUGGUUGCUAAGAUAUGUAUAAUGGUACAUAAUAAAAAUUUACAGUUUAUUUUGAUGGUUUCUGAACAAAGAAAUCCAAAGCAAAAA